UGAAUGUGAAAUGGUAUUCAGACCCAGCUCCCUUUACAUAUUUUUGCCACUCAAUAAACCCGGGAGUUUCUAUUUUACUGCUUUUUUUCAGGGCACUAUGCUUUCGUUGAUGCAUCGUAUGGUAAUGCUGGACAGAAAGCUCUAUUCCUUACCCCAAGUUUUUCAAAUGCUGGCAAUGUACAAGCUUGCUUGACGUUCUACUACUACAUGUAUGGAUCAAAUGUUGGAACGCUGGAUAUUUUUUUAAAGGUAACUUUUUUCUUUUCAUUUUGUGAUGUUUAUGAAGUAAAUGUCUUGUGAUAAAUGGAAAACUUGUUUUUUUUCCUUCUUUUUACAAAAUUGUACAAAGACAGAGUCAUCAAGUUCAAAUAUGGGUCUAUGCUGAACUAUGAUAAUAAAUAUGAGGUUAUUUUCAUUUCUGCGUACCAAUCUGAUCAAUAUGUUUUCUUAGGAUGUGAGAUGUGUAACUUGAAUUGGUCAUUUUAAAAAUAAUGUUUGGUUGGUUCUUAAAUUAUUUUUUUCUCAAAAUGUGAUUUUUCCUUUUUCGUGAACUGCAGAAAGUUACACCUUUUUUUUUUUACAAAAGCGGUUGACAUUUUUUGACAAACCGUGACAUAUCCUCUGUGCGUCAAUCAAGUUCUUUUCUCAAGUCACAUGACUUUGCUUGUGUUUGAAGAAAGUUUGUUGGCAGUUCUCUCCCUUUCCUAUAGCAUGAAAGUGUAAAUUUCACACUUUCUCAGAAAUGUGUGGAGACCUUAUCAGUUUAAAGGAUUUGAAUCUAACGUUGAUUUAAUGAAUUAACGAAUAUCAGCUAAGCCUUACAUCACAUUUACUCUAAGGCCCCAUUUACACGUACAUUUUAUUGAUCUGCAAACUGUAGGAUAUCGAAAGGAUGGUCAGCAUCCUGUCAACUUCCCGGUAAAACUGAGCCUGGAAAUGAGCAAUCCUCUUGAUAUCGAAGGGUUCUCAGUCCAACCUCCUGAUAUCUGGCAACACCAGAUAUUUGCUGGCCGGCGAACAGAAGGCAUGACGACGAGGGCACGACUUCUUUGAUGUUGCCCCAGGCGGAGCUGAAAAUGCUUUCCAAAAUUUUCCUAAAUAUUGGUCAAAUAGAAAAAAAAAAAGAAGAGUUUUAUGAUCAGCGAUCCAAAAUUAGUCAAAUUCACGAAGGGAACACAAUUUAAUGCCGGAUUACCAAGUUAAUUUUUUUUGGUUUAACUUUAACGAUAAAAAAACAGUACGUCUAAAUGGAACUUCUCUCGUCGAUCGUCUGUCUGUUUAACGAAGACCCAGAUCUAGCGUCGGUCGAUUAAACUAUCAGUUUGUUGAUGAAUGAACUGUACAUGUAAAGGGACCCUAAAACCCAAGCUGCUCAAGUUUAUUCAGUAAAUAGGUGAAGAACAGCCUAGGAAUUUUCAGUUUUCUUAAAACCGGAAAAAUGGUUGUAUGUUGCAUUUUGUUGCGAAACUGUUCAUGUCUAUGAUUUUGUUUUUUCCAGACUGGAGGUUCUCUUGGCCCAUCCUUGUACAAUGAGACUGGAGACCACGGCCAGAGAUGGAUUAUUGGUCAAGUGACUCUCCCUACAGCAGGACUGACCAGUUCAUAUCAGGUGGUUUUUCAAGGGGUUCGAGGCAAUAGCUACCAGGGAGACAUUGCCAUUGAUGAUGUAAAGAUAACUGCAGGAAGUUGUCCUAAUCCUGGUACAUGUGCAUUUGACAAAGGCUUAUGUACGUGGACAAACGCUGCCGCUGGGGAUGACUCAGACUGGAGUAAUGAACGCCCUGACCCUGCCAAGAAAACGCCGUCCGCUGAUCAUUCCACUUCAACAAAUACAGGUCUCUAUAUGUUCUUUACUAGUAACAGUAGCCUGUCAACUGGGAAGAAAGCCUGGUUGAUUAGCGAGACUUUCCAACCCACAUCUCCCUCAGGACGUUGCAUGUCCUUUUGGUAUUUCAUGACUGGAAAUGUGCAAUCCACUCUGAACAUCCGGAUCCGAAUCCCAGAUAUCAACAAAGAUGAGUAUGUAUGGCAAAUCAAGGACACCAACCAAGCCUCAAACUGGCAACAAGCCAGACUGCCAAUUCCUGUGAUCAGCCAUGAUUACACUGUUGUCUUUGAGGGAGUUUACGGAGCAAAAACAACUAAUCCUAUUGGAGGCAUAGGUUUUGAUGAUGUCAGCUUUACAGAUUCUUCUUGUGCAAUCCUCCCAGCAAACGCUGCUCCUUCCGCACAACCGAGCCAAAGGCCAACUCAAGUCACGGGAACUCCAACUGGUGCCAUCAACUGUGACUUUGAGAAAGAUUUCUGCGGCUGGGUCUCUGAUACUGCAGCUCAGAUACAGUGGAGUCGGAAUGUCGGUAGUACCAGCUCAAUAGGCACUGGUCCUUCUGGCGAUCACACUAAAUCUGGAGCUGGUGGUUACAUCUACAUGGAAGCCUCUUCUAAAAGUUCUGGUGACAAAGCAAGAAUAUUAAGCCCCAAAGUGACUGCUGGCACUUACUGUCUCCAGUAAGUUUUUAGUCUUCAAGGCAUCUGAGGCAAAAGUCAUUUCAAUUUGCUUGUUAUCUUUUUCCAUAGUUGGCUGCUGUUUGAGCUUUUU